GUUUUGCAUUGAGGGGACGUGCAAAAAAAAUAGACGACGAAAGAAUCAAAAUAUGUCUCAUGUUAAAAAAAAAUAUCUAGAGAAAUGAAUUAUCUUUUCUAUCGUUUUCUAUCAAAGGGGAAUAACCGACAUUUUCUUUUCCCGCCUUUUCAUCUGCUGGAUGCUGAAACUCUGAAAAUGAGAAUAGAAUGGAUUUUUAUCCUGAUGUCAUUACUGUGUAUCUGCACAGGUCAGAACUGCACUGUAACUUUGAUGGCAUCAGGAGUGGCUGAUACUAUGAAUUCUAUAUGUAGAUACCAGAGUGUAGAAGAUGCCAACAUAACUGCUUCCAUCAAGUCAGACUGUUCACUGUCCAACAUAAUAUUCUUCUGGACAAUUUAUACGUAUCAUGACAAUUCUAGUUAUCAACUCUACUCCAAAUCUAUUAACUGGACUCUACCAACUCUUUACAUGACAGAUGACCUAUAUACUGAGGAUGGAAUACAGGUAAAAAGAGGAAUUUUUGCUGCUGAUCUUUUUGUUGCUGUUAAACUGGAACGGAAUACCAUUGUAUCACAUUUACAGACAUAUCACCUUAAACCUGGUUGUUCUGAUCCAGUCUACAAAUCCUGUACUUGGAUGAGAAACCAGAUGAAAGAAUUCGGGAUUACCACAUCAUUAGAAGAAACUGAGCAUUGUGAAAAUUUAGCAGUUAGAAGGACCAGUAUUUAUGACAAAAUUUCAGGAAUGUUAUUGAAAAACAGUACUGUCAUGACCACACGUGAUGAAUUCGAUGACUUUAAACAAUCUAUAGAAGAUAACAGACAGCCUAUAGACCAGAACAGACAGCCCAUAGAUGAUAACAGACAGGAUGUUUCUAAUUCUGUACCAUGUAGAUGUAUUAUCUCCCCUGAAGAAGGAUAUUCAUUGAUCACACAGUUUAAUAUUACUUGUCAGGCCAAUACUACCGGUCUCCAUGAUACUGUUUUAUACAAUGUGUAUCAAACAUCAAAAACUGGUAAACACGAUAUGAUUUAUUUAGGUCAUUCACCUAACAUGACUUUCCUUUACCUGCAUGCUGGACAUAAGAAAGAGAAUUAUACAUAUGAUAUAAGUAUAUCGGUAGACAAGGAGCAUGGCUUGGAGAUAGUUGGUAAAUGUACAGAUCUAGAAGUAAAGGUUUUCCCAAUGAAUAUGUAUACCAGUGGUGAUGUGAAAGAUGUUAUCACAGAUCUGAUUGGCAGUGAUGUAAAUUCUAAUGACAGUGUUAUCAAUAACCUCAUGGACAACGGAGACUAUUCAAGCGCUGUUAACAUCUUAGGAGGUGUGGCAUCAUCAUUGAAUGAUAAUGUCAACAAAUCAAGUGGGGAAGAAAGUAAACAGAUUAGAGAAGUCAUUGUCUCCAGUUUAACGAAAGUAUCAGUUACAAGUUUGGAUGAUCUAGAUCUAGUGGCAGGAGUGCUGAAUUCAGCUACAUCAAUAUCAGAUGAAUUGACAGAUUAUACUCAGGAUACAGCUUUAGAUAUGUACUCCAGUUUAACAGGAGUUUUAUCUGAUCAGAUUAACAGUACAGCUACAAAUAAAGGAGAAGAAUCUGUUGGCCUAUUGUUGGAUGGUUUGUCAUUCAUGUUAGAUACAAAUACAAAUAAAGGAUCAGAAGAAAUGGAGAUCACCACAAAUCAUUCCCAUGUUGAUACUACAAAGGUCUCAAAGGUACAGAAAUCGAGUAAAAAGAUUUUAAUGUUGGUAGAUACUAUAGCAGAUGCUGCUCUGGCUAUCGCCAAGCCUGCUGCAGAACCUAUAGUGUUUGUUACAGAUAAUAUGAAUAUUGCUGUGAUGAAAAAGUCUCCUGCCAACACAUUAGGUCAGAAUCUGGCCAACUCUAGGUCAUCUAAUAUUGGACAAUUCUCACUACCUAGUGAUUCUCGUUUCAGUGAUGUUUUAGACAAUCUGCAAGGAGACAUAAGUUUACAGAUGAUGCUUAUCGAUAAAAAUCCCUACGUGUGGGACCAAUCAUCUCAUGAUGUCACAACACCUGUUGUAUCCCUCAAAAUGAAGACCAGUGAUAAAAAAGUGGUAACAGUUACUGAUUUACAGGAACCAGUUGAAAUACAAAUUAGUAAUCGAGCUGUGACAGAAACUACACAUUUCACUUUGGAGAUUCCCCUAAAGUUUGUAAAUAAUACUUAUCGAGUUGAUAAGAUAUCAAUGUUAAAAAUGAGCACAAAUCUGACUAAAGGACAUUCAAUUAUUAUGUCUGUCAGAAGUCAACAGCUAGACUUCCAAUUCAUAAUUCUACACCAACCUCACAGUGAUCGGACAAAAUUGAAUUUUACAAGUGGGAUUCUACUAGAAGAUAGAAACAAUUUUACAUUUAUAAGUGCAUCUGCAUCUUCUGACAGCCUUUACUACACCUAUAUAUCUCCAGUAUUACACAGUUCAUCAGAUGUAUCAUUCACUCAAUAUGAUCUCGAUAAUAACUUUAAUACGAUUUGUGAGUCUGACAUAGCAUGUGAAGAUAAUACCAAACUUCUGGUUAAUUUAACUGUGGAGAGUUACAGUGUAGCCUGCUUGUAUUGGAAUGAAGAAAAGGAAGCUUGGAAGAAUGACGGCUGUCAGGUCUCAGAACAGACAACACCAGAAGUUAUUCACUGUCAAUGUACACAUUUAACAUCAUUUUCUGGCAGUUUUUUGGUAUUACCAAAUAUGGUAGAUCCAUUUGCAGAUGCAGCACUUUUCCUGACUUUCUUUGACAACCCUAUAGUAGUAUGUACUGUGAUAGUUGUAUGGUUUAUAUUCUUGGCAGGAGUGUUUUGGGCCAGAAAAGCUGACAAAAGGGACGAGGCUCAGGUAAUGGUAUUCAUAGUUGUAUGGGUUAUAUUCUUAGCAGGAGUAUUCUGGGCCAGAAAAGCUGACAAAAGGGACGAGGCUCAGGUAAGGAUAUUCAUAGUUGUAUGGUUUAUAUUCUUGGCAGGAGUAUUCUGGGUCAGAAAAGCUGACAAAAGGGACGAGGCUCAGGCUGGUAUCAUCAUCCUAUCAGAUGCCAACCCUAACCAUUCAUACCAGUAUUUAAUGUGUGUAGUAACAGGAUGGUGGGCAGGAGCAGAAACAACAGCCAAGGUUUCUUGUUGUGUCCAUGGGAACAAAGGUCACAGUACUAAACAUUGUUUGUCAAACUCUGUUGUUGGUAAAGGAUGUUUCAAGGCAGGCUGGGAAGAUUGGUUUAUGUUUACUUCAUCUCAUCACCUUGGAGAUUUAGAUUCUAUAACCAUCUGGCAUGACAACUCAGGAACUUCACCAUCAUGGUUUUUAACAAGAGUACUGGUUCAGGACUUGAGAACAAAUAAAGUCUACAGCUUUAUAUUGGGUGAAUGGAUUGGUGUGGAGAGAGGUUCUGUCAAAGUAACUAUCCCAUGUGUAAAACCAGAAGAUUUCAACACAUAUAAAAACCAAGAAUUCCUUCUCAAGUCUAGUCGGGACCUAAGAGAUGGUCAUCUAUGGCUGAGUAUCUUGUCCAAGCCAUGUCAAAGUCAUUUUACACGUGUUCAGAGACUUAGUUGCUGUUUAUCCCUACUUCUAUGUGCUAUGUUGACUAGUAUAAUGUUCCACGGAGUACCUACUGAUGACCCAGACGAUCAGGUUAAAGUGGCAUCUAUCAGCCUGUCAUUGGCUGAUAUAGUCAUUGGCAUAGAAUGUGGAUUGAUCAUGUUUCCAAUUAAUUUGAUCAUUGUAAAGCUGUUUCUGAGGACAGGGUUAAAACCUAAGAAACAAAGGUCUUCUCGGAGGAAAUAUCAGUUUGAUGACUCAUUUGAAAGGAUAGAAAUCGUUGAGGAAAAACAGCUUAUAAACGAUGAAGAAGAUGAAGAGUUGAUUGGUGAACAGAAGGAUCAACAGGCACAACCCAAAAUGUUGCCAUGGUGGUGUUUAUAUAUAGCCUGGACUAUUGUCAUAACUGUAUCUCUGGUAAACUCAUACUUUGUUAUGUUGUACGGUCUUAAGUAUGGGUACCAGAAAAGUGUUGAAUGGCUUGUGUCAUUUUUCACAGCUUUCUUCCAGAGUGCCUGUUUCCAACAGCCCAUUAAAGUUUUUGCUAUAGCAAUGAUUCUGACUUAUAUAUUCAAGAAACCAGUUGAAAUUGAAGGACUUAAAGUCGACAUUUCACUCAGAGAUGCAGUGCUUUAUGAACAAGAUAAAGAUGACGAAACAUUACCCCAGUACAUUGUUCCUGAUCCAGCUUCCAAAAAACUGCUCCAUAAGAUAAUGUCAAAGUUAGCCAUGGAAGGAUUAAUUGAGGAACGCCUUAGGGAGAUAGUCCUGUACUUCUUGUUUGUUACCAUAGUAUUAUUUGUCAUCCAUGCCCAUAGAAAUGUCAGGACAUCAUUCUACUGUGGUAAUGCUUUAGAGGAUAUAUUUAUUAGAAAAAGUUGGAAGAAAGAUCGAUUGAGUUUCCCUGAUAUAACAAAUUUACCUAAGUUCUGGGAUUAUAUGAGAGUUAAGGCCUUACCAGGUUUGGAUGAUAUAGAAAAUGGAGACAAGACAGUAGAAACCCAUGGGGAUGAUUUCUUUCUGGUUGGACCAUACAGACUGAGACAACUUAGAGUGAAACAAAAUACUUGUCCUACACCAGAAUAUAUCAGACAAGCAUUCUCCUUAACUGUGGAAUGUUCAGACAAAUAUUGGCUUGGUAAUGAGGAUACCAAACACUACAACCAAACCUGGAACCAGACAGUUACCAUGGCCCCUCUAACAGCUGAUCACUGGACCUACCAGACAGCAUGGCAGCUAAGAACCAUUCCUUACACUGGUACUCAGGCCACAUACAGUGGUGGUGGAUAUAUAAAAGAGAUCACCCCUAGCUCCAUGUCACAACAGACAAUAGAUAAAUUAAUGACUGAUGGUUGGAUAGAUGGAAGAACAAGUGCUAUUUUUCUGGAAUUUAAUUUGUAUAAUCCUAAUGUUAAUAUGUUUAGUGUAGUUAUGUUCCUGUUUGAAUUUUCUGCAAAUCGUGGAAUUUUUCCAUAUUUUCAAAUUUUUACCACUAAGUUAUAUCACUAUGGCAGCGGGACUGAGAUUGCUGCAGCAGUUUGUGAAGUUUUAUUAGCCAUUUUCACGGUCAUUUUUACGUACUACGAAGGGAAGAAAUUUAAAAGAAUGGGAUACAGAUAUUAUUUUACUUUUUUCUGGAAUUUGAUUGAGUUUAUAACCAUAUGCCUGUGUUACAGUGUUAUAGGUCUGUUUUUUCAGAGAAUGGUAACUAUUUCAUGGAUAAUGGAUAAAUAUAAACAAACCAAUAGGCUGGAGUUUGUCAGUUUUUACGCUGCUGUGUGGUGGGAUUUUAUACAGCUUUAUCUAAUGGCAUUUCUUGUAUUCCUUAUCAUUGUCAAAUUUCUAAAAAUUCUGUCAUUUAAUCAAAACAUGCAGUUGUUAUCAAUUACCUUGAACCAUGCCAAGAAAUCACUGUGUAAUUUUUCUCUUCUGAUUUUUGUUUUAAUCUUUGCCUUUGCCCACUUUUGUCUCUUAGCAUUUGGAAAUGUAUCUCCAAAUUACAAGAGUGCUUCAAGUAGUAUUUUGACACUAUUUAAUUUUGCCAUUGGUGUUUCCGAUUAUUAUGGUCUACAGCGUGCACAUAGGAUUCUAGGUCCUAUAUUUUUCUUUCUUUUUGUAUCGGCUGUAAUAUUUAUAUAUCUUACAGUAUUCAUGUCUAUUGUCAAUUUUGCAAUUACAAAAUCCAAAGAAGAAAAAGGGAAGAAGAAGAAUGAGUUAGAAGUGGUUAAUUACCUUCUUACUAAGUUAGCUAAUAUCUUGCCGGUUGAGCUUGCUUCUAGAAUGAAAGUGAAAUAUUAUGAAAACUGAUGCAU